AUAUAUCUGUAAACUUCGUAAGAGAGCUAUGUAACUACUUAAUUACAGUACAAACUUAUAGCGGUCAUCUUCUAUAGCCCCUCACCGCUUUGUGUUGCAGAGUGUGAAAAGUCGCCUUGUUAGUCAGCGUUAUGGCGGUUUCGAUUGUAGAACUUAAACCAAUGUACUUAGACAUGACGACAUGUUCACAUAGCCUCAAACCAACUGUAAAUGUUUAUUCUUGUGGUUAAUCUUAUUUCUUUACUAUCCUAUGCAUUGCAUUACAUGGUAAUUACUAUCUCAUGCGGGCAUUGGUUUGAAACGCUUAUCAAUGUAAUCGAGCUUGCGUUCAAUGUUGUCCUUUUGUAGCUUAUUAAUCGGUGUAUUUAUUGUAUCUAAGAGAUAACACUUUCAGUCGAGCCUCUUAGGGACAGCUUCAGCCCGUACGCAUGAGAGCAGACUCCAAGUUGUGUGGAGGAAUGUUUUUACCUCGAGCAAGAGCAACUUCCAUAAAGGUGAUCAGCACACACGUGAUCAGCACAUUUUGUGACCUUCAGUAAGGGACACCUCCAUAAAGGAACACUUAGUCGCUGUCCCUAAGGGAGAUUCGACUGUUCAUGUUUUCAUGCCCUUCUUGACCCUAAUUCACAGUAUUCCCGAUACUUCACGUUUUUCUGCAGGCCAAAAAUGAUCUCAUCACAAUGGAAAAGAAGCUGGAAGAUAUCCAAGGAAAGAAACAGGUUUUGGAAAAGGUUCUGAAAGAAAAGAACGCUAAAGCGAACAACCUUCAGGAAGAGGUGUAUGUGCUUAAAGAGAGACUCGCUAGUGCACAGUCGACCCACAAGAGAGAAUUGGAGACUGAAAAGCAGAAGGCAACACUUGCGAAUACCGAGAUGACAACCAUGAAAUCGCGCCAUCAACGUGAAGUAGGCGAGUUGAAAGAACAGCUUCAUCGAGCCAAUAUGGCGAGCGAACGGGAUCAGGCGCUCAGGGAAAAAGUUUUCAACGAGGCGAAAGUGGAGGUUAUGGCACUCAGCAAAAAGCUCGAAGAAAAGACUCGUAGACUGCGAGAGCUAGAAAGUGCAAGCAAUUUGUGGGAAGGAAGGAUACGACAACUGGAAAAAGAGAAACUCGAGAUAGAAACCAAAUUAGCACAAACUCGAGAAGCAUUAGAUGAGCACGUGGCACGGCUCAGUAAACAGCUUCAACAUUCAGAAGUUAGUGCAACGCGUUCGAGCAACCUCGUCCAAGAACUGUACAUAGAAAAUGCCAAGCUUACGAAAGCUCUUCAACAAACGGAGGCCAACGAGAAAAGAGCGGAAAAGGCAAAUAGGCAACUAACAGAACAAAAGAGAGCUCUACAAAGGGUUAUUUCUAAACUUUGUGGAGCUAAUGCCAUUGCUUAAAGGUAAAUAUGCAUCGAAAAGAAGAGAACAGAGCUGUACAAAGAGUCACCUUUAAACUGCCCGGAGCUUAUGUUAGUACCUGAGUUAUAGAGAGUGUCUGGUUAGAACUCGUGGGCAAGUAUAUGCUGUGGUGAUCUUCCACGAAGAGCUGCUGGCAUUCUGUUCUUGUCGCUGUUAGUUAGGUUGUGAUCUUUGCCUGGGUCCCUGGUGUGACGUCAGUCGCGUUUUGUACUAACAAAAUUUGGACAAUUUAUUGGACGAUUCCCAUUCCGUUCACUAUGUGCAAGAGGAACCUUACAGGACAAAUAUUUACAUCAAUUAGACGUUUUUUGUCUUUUGCACGAACGGUAGAAUUUUUUGAAAAUAUUAUUGCAAAUACCAUCUAUUCCACAAAGACCCAGCACUUUGGAUUAGUAAGCAUUCCUCAAUUGAACUGAUCAACAAGGCUUUAAACCGACUGAUUUUUGAUACGUAGAUGAAACUAUUUUUGUAAUGUCUUAAAUUCCUCAGUUUAAAUCCAUAUUAAUCCUAUAGCACUACAUAAGCCAAAAAUGAGAGAGCAUUUUUUCAUAACUUUUAUAGUGUUUGUGUCAAAUAACGGCCGCUGAAGCCGCUUCGUAAUACUUUUAUGAACUUAAAAAAGGAUAUAAAGCGCAGCUAUAUUUGAUCGCUACUGCCUUAUGGAAACUAAGAAUCUCAACAGAAUUGUUGUCAAAGUUUCAAUUUUUGUACAGUUUACACUUAUUAUGAAACCCAUUCAAUGUAUCAAGUUGUCUUCCGAUCCAAUCAAUCACUCAGUCAGUCCACAAUUAAGCUGUACAAUUGGUCGAUGCAGUUUCGUCCUGAAAUUUAACAUAUUAUGUCAACACGAGUCCAUAAUAAAUUGAGAAAUUUAUAAUCAUUUGUAUAAACAAUAUUAGGUCCUUAAAACGGAACUUCAUUGACACAGUAUGUGAAACAAGCAAAUCCGGUCGUGUAAAUGUACGAUUCUCUCGCCUAGUUCACUUUCACAUAUCGCAAAUAAACUCAGCCAUUCUUUA